AAAGACAUCCUAUGUUCAUGGUUUGCAAUAUUUAAUACUGUUAAGAUGGCCAUACUCCCCAAAUUGAUCAAAGGAUUCAACACAAUCUUUAUCAAACUCCCAGCUGCCUUUUUGGAGAAACUGACAAACUGACCCUAAAAUUCAUAUGGAAAUGCAAGGGACCCAGAAUAGUCAAAACAAUCUCGAAAAAGAACAAAGUUGGAAGACUCGCACUUCCUGAUUUCAAAAAAUAACAGAGCUACAGUCAUCAAGGUAGUGUGCUACUGGCGUAAGGACAGACAUACAUCAAAGGAAUAGAACUGAGAAUCCUAAACAUACCCUCUUAUAUUUAUACUCAACUGAUUUUUAAAAAAGUUACCAAAACAAUGUAGAAAGAAUAGUCUUUUCAACUAGUGGAUAUCCACAUGCGAAAGAAUGAAGUUGGACCCCUCCCUCACACCAUAUACCAAAAUUAAUUAAAAACUGAUCAUACGCUGGAGGUAUGGGUGCAGGGGGUGGGGUGGGGAGCUCAGCAGCGUCUGGGGAAGGGGCAGGAGGCCUGCUGCAAAGGUGCUGAUGAAGCAGCCCAAACAGCAGGCCAAGGAAAUGGAUGAGGACGAUAAGGCACUCGAGCAGGAACAAAAAGAGGAGCGUAAGAAAUUCGAGGAGCUGAAAGCAACGGCCAAGCAGAAGGCCCCCAUGGCCACAGCUGGAAUUAAGAAAUCGGGCAAGAAGUAA